AGGUCGCUGCCUGAGGAUCUAAUGGAGAAAUCCCAAAGUGAGCUGGGGUGCACAGUGGAGGAGGGGUGCGCUGCGGCCGGGGCUGCCAGGCCCUGAUCGAUUGGCCAGAGGAAGGCGGGAGCGGCUGUCGCUUGCUCCACAGCCUGGACACACCGGGGGCUCCACGCCAGCUCUUCCUGACAGCAGCGGCGGACCACAGCAGGUGGGGGGAGGGCACUGCUCGAUUCCUGACAUGCCGGGAGCAGCAAGCAGCCAUCCAGGUGACUAAGCCGGCCCACCGCCACUGAGUCACCCACCCACCGUGGCUUUUCUUCCUUCCCCCUUUGCAUCUGAUUAUUUGGGGAGCUGAAAACUUGGAGGUGUCCCUGAGGCCCGCCCCUUCUAACUCUCCCCGCCCUACUUUGGCUUGGAGGAAGAUGGAACUCGCCGGGAAGCUGCCACUACCCCCUAAGGACAUGGAAGGCGCGGAGGGAGCCAGAGAUGCCCAUGGAGAGACCUCAGCUGGCAGAAUACAAUAGCAGACAUGGUGUUCCGGCUGCCCGUGUGUCCUCUGAAGGUUCUGGGAGAGAAGGGGAGUCUGGUCCACACCGACUGGAGUCCUUCUAGGCUGCCUUUGAGCUCACCUCUCAAGGGGAUCUUUCUGUAAAACGUGUGGCUUCUAGGGUCAUUGGUCUUUGGAGAGCAAGACUGGAUCGGCAUAGGCAGGCCUGUGCAGGUAGCAGCAAGCUUCUGUGCUCCAGACAAGCACCAACCUGCAGUGGGAGAGGGUGAGGCCCAGCUGCCCAGAAGGAGUGCCAAGGUCGGCAGAGACUGGCCCUGUAAGGUCCUGGGAUCUUCCCUCACCUCCAUGCUCUAGAGAGCUGACCACAGAAGGGAGAAAGGAGAGGAGAGAAGGCCACAGUAGGCACUAUGUUCCGUAAGAAGAAGAAGAAACGUCCUGAGAUAUCAGCCCCACAGAACUUCCAGCACCGUGUCCAUACCUCCUUUGACCCCAAGGAAGGCAAGUUCGUGGGCCUGCCCCCACAAUGGCAAAACAUCCUGGAUACUCUGAGGCGGCCCAAGCCUGUGGUGGAUCCUUCUCGAAUCACACGGGUGCAGUUGCAGCCCAUGAAGACGGUGGUACGGGGCAGCUCUGUGCCCAUGGAGGGCUACAUCUCGGGGCUGCUCAACGACAUUCAGAAGUUGUCGGUUAUCAGCUCCAAUACCCUGCGUGGACGCAGCCCCACCAGCCGGCGGCGGGCACAGUCCCUGGGGCUGCUAGGAGAUGAUCAGUGGGCUGCUGACCCAGAUAUGUACCUCCAAAGUCCUCAGUCUGAGCGCACUGAUCCCCAUGGCCUCUACCUCAGCUGCAAUGGGGGCACACCAGCAGGUCACAGGCAGAUGCCAUGGCCGGAACCACAGAGCCCACAGGCCCUGCCUAAUGGGAUGGCUGCCAAGGCACAGUCGUUGGGCCCUGCUGAGUUCCAGGGUGCGUCACAGCGCUGCCUGCAGCAGCUGGGUGCCUGCCUGCAGAGUUCCCCACCUGGUACCUCACCCCCUAUGGCCACAGGGAGGCGUGGGGUGAAGGUUGCCAAGCAUAGCUCCGAAGAGGCCAGGCCACAAUCCUGCCUGGUGGGCUCAGCUAUUGGCAGGCCAGGUGGAGAAGGUAGUCCUAGCCCUAAGAACCAGGAAAGCAGCCUCAAGCACCGGCUCUUCCGAAGCAUGUUCGUGCCCACUCCUGCCACAGGCUCUGCAAGCAGCAGCAAGCCGGUCCCUCUGCCACAGAACAAGCUCAAUUCUGCUUUCCGACCACCACGAAAAGAUUCCUCUUCAAACCUGGUAGCCAAGGCCCAGUCCUUGCCAUCAGAUCAGCCCAUGGGGACCUUCAGUCCUCUGACCACCUCGGAUACCAGCAGCCCCCAGAAGUCCCUCCGCACAGCCCCAGCCACCGGUCCUCUUCCAGGCCGGUCUUCUCCAGCAGGCUCCCCCCGCACCCGGCAUGCUCAGAUCAGCACCAGCAAUCUAUACCUGCCCCAGGACCCCACAGUGGCCAAGGGCGCCCUGGGUGGUGAAGACACAGGCAUUGUGACACAUGAACAGUUCAAGGCUGCGCUCAGGAUGGUGGUGGACCAGGGUGACCCUCGGCUGCUGCUGGACAGCUAUGUGAAGAUUGGGGAGGGCUCCACGGGCAUUGUGUGUCUGGCCCGGGAGAAGCACUCAGGUCGCCAGGUAGCAGUCAAGAUGAUGGACCUCAGAAAGCAGCAACGCAGGGAGCUGCUCUUUAAUGAGGUGGUGAUCAUGCGUGACUACCAGCACCUCAAUGUGGUGGAGAUGUACAAGAGUUACCUGGUAGGAGAGGAGCUGUGGGUGUUGAUGGAGUUCCUGCAGGGCGGGGCCCUCACAGACAUCAUCUCCCAAGUCAGACUGAAUGAGGAGCAGAUUGCCACUGUGUGUGAAGCCGUGCUCCAGGCCCUGGCUUACCUGCACGCCCAGGGCGUCAUCCACCGGGACAUCAAGAGUGAUUCCAUCCUGCUGACCCUUGAUGGCAGGGUGAAGCUCUCAGACUUUGGGUUCUGUGCUCAGAUCAGCAAAGAUGUCCCCAAGAGAAAGUCCCUUGUAGGAACUCCAUACUGGAUGGCUCCUGAAGUGAUCUCCAGAUCCUUGUACGCUACUGAGGUGGAUAUCUGGUCUCUGGGCAUCAUGGUGAUUGAGAUGGUGGAUGGAGAACCCCCUUACUUCAGCGACUCCCCAGUACAAGCCAUGAAGAGACUCCGGGACAGCCCCCCACCCAAGCUAAAAAACUCUUACAAGGUCUCUCCAGUGCUGCGAGACUUCCUGGAACGGAUGCUGGUACGGGAACCCCAAGAGAGAGCCACGGCCCAGGAACUCCUGGAUCACCCCUUUCUGCUGCAGACGGGGCUGCCUGAGUGUCUGGUGCCUCUGAUACAGCUCUACCGCAAGCAGACCUCCACCUGCUGAGCCCCCACCCAGGGUGCACCUGCCACCUGUGCCCACAGGCAAAGGACACUGGGCAGCCAUUCCAUUGGCAGGGCCAACCUGCCUUGUCCUCUCAGUGUUCUCUCCAAAGAUUGAAUGUGAAGCUCCGCCCCUUCCCUCUUGCCCUUUUGCCCGCUGGGCCAGGCCGGACCUGCCCCCCUCAGUCUCACUCCCCAGAGUCCCAGUUGCCUUUGGGAUGAUAGUGACCCCUUCUGCAGGUUUGGCCCUUUGUUAUUUGCACAGGGAUGUUUCUAAGAAACAUGGAGAGUGGUGCUCCUGGCCACGAGCCAGCAAAGCUGACAGGCUGCUGCAGAUUUUUAAAGGCAGUGUCCACAGUGACCCGGGGCCACCAAGAGGGUGCAUGCUCCAUCUUCACAUGGACACUUGCUAUUCUCAGCUAAAGCUUCAAACCCUGGAGUCCCAGAGGGCCAUGGGGAAGGAUUUCACUGCCUGAAUUCUUCUUCCUCCUGUGGUCUGACUUCUGGAAGCCCCACUUGCACCUGUUUCCUGUCUGUUCCCUGGCACUGCCUCUCCCUAGAAAGCCUCUACAGAACUGUGAAUCGCCUGUGUGUAGGCCAUGGGAGCAGCAAGGGGGAAUCUUCUGAGAGAGAGUGAGGUUGGCAGUAAAUGUGGUUCCAUUUUC